GUGUUCUUUCCUGUCUCCUUUCCUUACAGCUGACUCCCUUACAACUGAGUCCCUCACACCUCACAACUGACUUCCUUACACCUCGUGUUUUCUUCUAUCACCUUCCUUCGCUACCGCCUACAACAUCUCAACAAAGAUGGCUAAAAUUACCUUGGCCUCCCUCGCCCUCGCGCUCUCCGUUGCGCGCGGCGCGUCCGCGGCGGGCUUCGUCUCAACGAAUGGGACGAAGUUCACGCUGGAUGGCGAGCCGUAUACGGUGGUUGGCUCCAACUCCUACUGGGUCGGCCUCAACGGCUACAGCACCGAUGCUAUGGACCAGGCGUUCAAAGACAUCGCGGAUGCGGGCGCGACGACUGUGCGGACGUGGGGCUUCAACGAGGUCACCUCCCCCAACGGGAUCCCGUACUACCAGAGCUGGUCGGGUUCGACGCCGACGGUCAAUACUGGUGCGGAUGGGUUGGGGAACUUCGACAAUGUCGUCGCUGCCGCGAAGGCGAAUGGCUUGAAGCUCAUCGUUGCUUUGACAAACAACUGGGCGGACUACGGAGGCAUGGACGUCUACACCAAGCAGAUCUUGGGGUCCUCGAACGACCACGAUGCGUUCUAUACCAAUGAUGAUAUCAAGACCGCCUUCAAGUCCUACAUCAACGCCUUCGUCUCGCGCUACGCCGACGAGCCCGCGAUCCUGGCCUGGGAGCUCGCGAACGAGCCGCGCUGCAAGGGGAGCCCGGGCACCUCCUCCGGCUCCUGCACCACCGAGACCGUGACGGCCUGGAUCGAGGAGAUCUCCGCGUACAUCAAAUCCCUCGACUCUAACCACCUUGUCGCGGUUGGGGACGAGGGCUUCUUCAACCAGCCGGGCAAUCCUUCGUACCCUUACCAGGGCGGCGAGGGCGUCGACUUCGAUGCCAACCUUGCUAUCGACUCAAUCGACUUUGGGACCUUCCACGCGUAUCCGGAGGGAUGGGGUCAAAGUGAUGCCAAAGCUUGGGGCACUCAAUGGAUUGCCGACCACGCAACAUCGCAAGAGACCGUCGGCAAGCCCGUCAUCAUCGAGGAGUUUGGCGUGACCUCGAACCAGGCGGAGGUGUACACGGCGUGGCUUGAUGAGGUGGUCUCCUCGGGGCUUGCUGGUGAUCUGAUCUGGCAAGCGGGCUCUCAUCUCCCCACCGGUGACACGGCCGACGAUGGGUUUGCGAUCUUCCCUGACGACCCGGUCUACCCUGUACUGCAGUCGCAUGCUCAGGAGCUCAAAAGCCGCGAUGGGAGCGCGUAAAGGGUACCAUUGGAUACUCUGAUAACUGUCUUAGUGUGUACAACGAGUGGAUAAGAGGCUCUGCGGUAUUCUAGUAGGGAUAACAUGGUUGCAUCGUACAGGGCAGACAAUUGAGAGGGAAGACGAGAAGACUACGCCGACGUGCCCUCCGGCUCAACCCAACCACACUUAUCGAAGUCACCAUUGCCAUUGUUCCGCGCGUAAGACUGACUCUCGACAAACGCAUUCAGCGUGCAUUUGCCAUCGCCACUCCCGCAGAACUCGAGAGGCUGUAGCGCGUCGUUGACGAGCACGCGCACGUACGCCUCCCCACUGCACGACAACCGCUCCGUGACCAUGC